AUGGACCAAGAGUUCAACGCGUUACUGCAUAACAACACAUGGAAGCUUGUGCCCGCUACUCCUGGAACGAACAUAGUGGGAUGCAAAUGGGUUUUUCGCACCAAGCGGAAAGCCGACGGCACGGUAGAACGCUACAAAGCCCGACUCGUAGCCAAAGGCUACAAUCAAGUGGCUAGCGAGGAUUUCUUUGAGACGUUUAGCCCGGUUGUUAAACCGAUCACGGUUCGACUGUUACUUGCUUUAGCCAUUUCCCGUGGGUGGACACUCCGACAGCUGGAUGUUCACAAUGCCUUUUUAAAUGGGCACCUAGCUGAAACGGUUUAUAUGCGGCAGUCACCAGGCUAUGAGGAUCCUGAUCGUCCUGAUCACAUCUAUGUUUCUCUGUUCCACUAUUCAGCUGCUGAUUCCCGGGUAUUCCUGCUCGUCUAUGUGGACGACAUUAUCAUGCUCGGGAGUGACACGGCCUUGGUUGAUUCCUUGCUAAAACAACUGGCGACGGCCUUCAAAAUUCGAGACCUGGGGCAACCUACGUUCUUUCUUGGCAUAGAAACCAUUCCUGUACCGGACGGUGUGAUUCUUUCACAGCGACGUUAUAUGCGGGAUAUUCUUCAGCGAGCUGGCAUGACGGACUGUAAGGCGCUAGCCACUCCGGCCUCUUUGACUCAGCCUGUGUGUCAGUCCGCUGAUUCCUUCGACAACCCGACACAAUACCGCCGUCUUGCCGGGGCUCUUCAGUACCUCACCAUCACUCAGCUGGACCUAUCUUAUUCCGUCAACCGACUCUGUCAGUUCUUGCAUUCACCUACUAAUGAACAUUGGGGCCUAUUAAAGCGAGUUCUUCGCUACGUUAAGGGAACUUUGGAAUACGGUCUACGCAUCACUACGUCAGUGUCCUCGGAAAUUCAUACCUACUCCGACUCUAACUGGGCUGGCUGUCCGAUUGAUCGCAAGUCCACUAGUGGUUACGCAGUGUUUUUUAGUAAAAAUCUUAUUUCCUGGGUCUCUCGGAAACAACGCACCGUUGCACGCUCUUCGACUGAGGCAGAAUAA